UCCCCCUCCUCCCUGUCUCCCACAGAUCCAGUGGACGUGUUGAAGGUGCUGCAGCUGCCCUCUCUCCCUGAGGGGGUGCAGAAGGUUCCAGGCUUCUGCACGUCCCGCCGUCCCGGCACCUCCGACCAUGCCUAUCGUAUCACCAAGAAGGCCCAGAUCUCCGUCCCCACCAGUCAGCUCUUCUCAGGUCCGUUCCCAGAGAACUUCUCCAUCAUGACUCUGGUGAAGGCCAAGGCUGGCCUGCAGGCCUUCCUGCUGUCCGUCUACAGUGAGCAGGGCGUGCAGCAGUUGGGCCUGGAGCUGGGACGCUCCCCUGUCUUCCUGUACGAGGACCAGAACCGCAAGCCCGCCCCCGAGGACUACCCGCUCUUCAGGGGUGUCAACUUGGCCGACGGCAAGUGGCACCGCAUCGCCAUCUCCGUGCAGAAGAAGACCGUCACCCUGCUCUUGGAUUGCAAGAAGCGUCUGACCAAGACCCUGCCCCGUAGCAACAACCCCGUGAUUGACACCAAGGGCAUCACCGUGUUCGGUUCUCGCUUGCUGGAUGAGGUCUUCCAGGGUGAUAUUCAGCAGCUGCUGAUUGCAUCCAACUCUCAGGCUGCGUUUGACUUCUGUGAGCACUACAGCCCAGACUGUGAUUCCCCUCUGCCCAGGAUCCAGUCACAGGACCCCAACACUCCCGGUAGCAAAGCUAGUAAUGGCGAGGCCAGUAAACCCAAACCUGCUCCGGCUAAAGCUAAGCCUGCCCUCGGCAAGCCUGCCCCAUCAAAGGCUACCGCAGCUCCUGCUUCGGCUGCAGCCAAACCCACCAAGGCCAAGCCCACCGCCAUUGAUAUCCUCCUGUCAAAAAUUAAACCAACCACAGCCACCGUUGCUGCUGCAGCAGCUCCCAAAAACGGGGCUGAGAAGAAAGCCAAUGGUAAUGGCAAAGGGGCAGAAGAGAAAAAAGUCAAUGGUGAGGUCAAAGUAAAUGGCAAUGGCAAAAACGGCGAAACCAAAACCAAUGGCAAUGGUAAGGGACCAGAGGAGAAGAAAGCUAAUGGCAACGGUAAGCCCAAUGGCAAAGCCAAUGGCAAUGGAAAAGCAACUGAGGCUCCCACCACUGUUGAAAAAAAAGAAAAUGGCAAGGCAAAAGUGGCUGAAGAAAAGGUUGUGGUUGUUGAAGAGAAAGUAGUGACUGUUGAGGAGAAAAAAGCCAAUGGCAAAGCCAAUGGUAACGGCAAAGCUGCCACUGAUAAAAAUGGGGCUGACAAAAAAGUUAACGGCAAUGGCAAAGUCAAUGGCAAUGGGGCAAAACCAGCCAAAGCUGAAGUGAAAGUAGAGGCCACAGUCGAAAAGAAAGAAAAGCCAAAAGUUGUAAAAGUUGAAGCUGCCAAAGUUGAAACUGCUGCAACUGAAGUUGCCAAAGAGGCCAAAACCAAAGUCACUAAAGUUAAAGUAGAAAAGGCUGAAACAAAAGUAAAAGUUGUAAAAACUGAGAAGAAGGAGGUCAAAGUUGCACCAGCAAAGGCAGAGGUUGUAAAAACUGAAACAGUGAAAGUGGUAGCUGUCAAACCAGAAGUUACCAAAACAGAGACUGUGAAAGUGGUAGCCGCCAAACCAGUAGUUAUCAAAACAGAAAUGGUGAAAGUGGUAGCCUCCAAACCAGUAGUUACCAAAACAGAAAUGGUGAAAGUGGUAGCAGCCAAACCAGUAGUUACCAAAACAGAGACUGUGAAGGUGGAAGCUGUCAAACCAGAGGUUACCAAAACAGAGACUGUGAAAGUGGUAGCCGCCAAACCAGAAGUCACCAAAAAGGAAACUGUGAAAGUUAAACCUGCCAAAGCUGAGGUCACUAAAACUGAGAUCAAGGUCACAGUAACUAAACCGGUCACCAAAUCAGAAAUUGUUAAAGUCAAGACUGUAAAACCUGAGGUGAAGGCCCCAACAAAAGCAGAGGUCAUCAAAACAGAGAAAGUUGAAGUUGUUGCUGCCAAGCCUGAAGUCACCAAAACAGAGGUUGUCAAAGUUAAAACAGAAGUCAAAGUUGUUGCAUCUGCAAAACCACCACCUCCAAAACCAGAGGUUGUUGUAAUUGAAACCGUUAAAACCGCCGAAGAACGUCCAAAACCUCCUUUCGUGAAACCACCUCCUAAGAAAGAGGCACCAGCUCCUGUGCCUCUACCACUUCCUCCACUUCCCAAGCCAGAGAAAGCCAAGGUUACAGUCGAGAUCAAUAACGUCAAAUCCACCUCCAAAAAUUUCCCUCCCUUCGACAAGUCUGUGGUCAGCGGCACCACCCUCCCCGUGCCGGAAAAACCGAAGAAACCGACCAACGGUUAUCAACAGCACUCUUCCUCAAAUAUUCUUAUCUCCACCCUGAUCCCACCGACUUCCUGGCCCCCAUCCAAUCAGGACAUAGAUCCUGUCUACUCAGAGAGUGGCCCCACCCCCACUGAGACGGAUUAUUAUUACACCUUAGAAGAGGAAGCAGACCCACAACCAGAUGGUGAGGUGAUUGGACAUGAUGCAACUCCCGGCCAGGUGGAGGAGCCAGUUCUGACAGAGGAGGUAGACAUGACCAAGUCAGGUGGCGAGGGGGCAUCUCAGUCUCCAGAUGAGGCUUUCACAGAGGAGUAUGUGACCGGUGACUUUGGCAUGAAGGAAUACGACUAUUCCUACAAGGACUACAACGAGCCGGCGCCCGAGGGAGAGACCGACGCCGGCCAAAUGGGCCCUGCUCUGUCCGCAGUGACGGACGAGGGAGGCGCCGCCGUGAGUGCCCAGAAGGGAGAGAAGGGAGACCCUGCUGUCCUUGAGCCUGGCAUGUUGAUUGACGGACCCCCAGGACCCGAAGGACCAGCAGGUCUCCCCGGUCCUUCCGGCCCAUCUGGACCUCCUGGCUCUGUUGGUGAUCCUGGAGAGAGAGGUCCCACUGGUAAAUCUGGACUGCCUGGCGCUGAUGGAGUUCCUGGACCUCCUGGCACCUCCGUCAUGCUGCCCUUCCGCUUUGGAAACAGCGGUGGAGAGAAAGGCCCAGCCGCCUCAGCACAAGAGGCCCAGGCCCAGGCUAUCCUGUCUCAGGCUCGGCUUGCUCUGAAAGGACCUCCCGGCCCAAUGGGCUAUACCGGCCGUCACGGACCUGUGGGAACUCCCGGUGGUCCUGGACAUAAGGGAGAAAGUGGAGACCCAGGCGCUCAGGGUCCCAGAGGACCUCAGGGAUUGUCUGGACCAUCUGGCAAAUCUGGACGCAGGGGCCGUGCUGGAGCUGACGGGGCUCGUGGUAUGCCAGGAGAGUCUGGUACCAAGGGAGACCGUGGCUUUGAUGGACUACCUGGUUUACCAGGAGACAAAGGACAUCGGGGUAAUACAGGUGGACUGGGACCUCCAGGACCUAUCGGAGAGGAUGGAGAGAGGGGAGACGAUGGAGACAUCGGACCCAGAGGUGGUCCAGGUGAACCAGGGCCCCGUGGUUUGCUGGGUCCCAAAGGUCCCACUGGUCUCCCUGGACCUCCUGGUGUGCGUGGAAACGAUGGUCCCCAUGGUCCUAAAGGAAACUUGGGACCCCAGGGAGAGCCUGGCCCUCCUGGACAGCAGGGUCAAUCAGGAACUCAGGGAAUGUCAGGACCUCAGGGAGCUGGUGGACCUCCAGGCGAGAAGGGUCCAAGAGGAAAGCCAGGUCUGCCAGGCAUGCCAGGAGCCGAUGGCCCCCCAGGUCACCCAGGAAAGGAGGGGCCUGGUGGCACCAAAGGAAACCAGGGACCCAGUGGCCCUCAGGGUACUAUUGGCUAUCCUGGCCCACGUGGAAUUAAGGGAGAGCAAGGUAUUCGUGGACUGAAGGGACACAAGGGUGAGAAGGGUGAAGAUGGAUUCCCUGGAAUCAAAGGAGACUUUGGAACAAAGGGAGAGAGAGGAGAGUUGGGAGUUCCUGGACCCAGGGGAGAGGAUGGUCCAGAGGGGCCAAAAGGUCGUGUUGGACCCCCUGGUGAGCUCGGCCCUCUUGGUCUUGUUGGAGAGAAGGGUAAACUUGGUGUUCCUGGUCUGCCCGGAUAUCCUGGAAGACAAGGAAUCAAGGGAUCUCUCGGUUUCCCAGGAUUCCCUGGUACAAAUGGCGAGAAAGGAGCAAGGGGUCUUAUUGGAAAGCCUGGCCCAAGAGGUCAGAGAGGACCAACUGGACCCAGGGGACAGAGAGGUCCUCGUGGUACCACCGGAAAGAUUGGAGCUAAGGGUUCAUCAGGAAGCGACGGUCCUCCUGGUCCACUAGGAGAGAGAGGACUGCCAGGACCUCAAGGAGCAAAUGGAUUCCCCGGGCCAAAGGGACCUCCCGGACCACCAGGGAAAGAUGGACUGCCCGGACACCCUGGACAGAGAGGCGAAGUUGGAUUCCAAGGCAAGACUGGAACCGCUGGUCCUCCAGGUGUUGUUGGACCUCAGGGUCCUGCAGGUGAGACCGGCCAAAUGGGUGAGCGUGGACAUCCCGGCCCCCCUGGACCACCAGGUGAGCAGGGCCUGGCUGGACCCUCUGGAAAGGAGGGAACCAAGGGUGACCCUGGUCCCCAAGGUGGCCCCGGAAAAGAUGGACCCCCUGGUCUGAGAGGAUUCCCUGGAGAGAGAGGACUGCCAGGAACCCCGGGUGGCCCUGGACUCAAAGGAAGUGAAGGCCCAGCUGGUCCUCCUGGCCCAGCCGGAUCAUCAGGUGAGAGAGGCUCAGCGGGCGGAGCAGGUCCCAUCGGACCCCCAGGAAGACCAGGACUCCAGGGACCACCUGGAGCUGCAGGAGAGAAGGGAGUUCCUGGAGAGAAAGGACCUCUGGGCCCAGGUGGCCGUGAUGGACUCCAAGGCCCAGUGGGUCUCCCCGGCGCCGCAGGACCACCAGGAGUUUCUGGAGAGGACGGAGACAAGGGUGAAGUUGGUGAGCAUGGCCAAAAGGGGGCGAAGGGAGGCAAGGGCGAGCAUGGUCCCCCUGGUCCACCAGGAUCAAUGGGUCCAGUUGGCCAGCCCGGUGCUGCUGGAGCUGAUGGUGAGACAGGUGCCAGGGGUCAGCAGGGUAUCUUUGGAGCCAAAGGAGAUGAAGGAACAAGAGGAUUCCCAGGGCCUCCAGGUCCUAUUGGUCUGCAGGGAUUGCCCGGCCCAUCUGGAGAGAAGGGAGAGAAUGGAGACGUUGGCCCAAUGGGACCUCCUGGCCCUCCAGGACCCCGUGGCCCAGCCGGUCCCAAUGGAGCAGAUGGUCCUCAAGGUCCUCCUGGAGGUAUUGGCAACUUAGGUGCCCAGGGAGAUAAGGGAGACCCUGGUGAGUCUGGUCCACCUGGAAUUGGAGGAGAGCCAGGAAAGAAGGGUCCUCGUGGAGAGCUUGGUGAGAAGGGAGAGUCUGGACAACCCGGACUUGCUGGACCAGGAGGCGGAAGAGGACCUCCCGGAGAUGACGGACCUAAAGGAAACCCUGGUCCUGUUGGUUUCCCUGGUGAUCCUGGUCCCCCUGGUGAACUUGGCCCAAGAGGAGCUGAUGGAGCCAAGGGAGAUAGAGGAGAGGACGGUGAACAAGGAGAAUCUGGCUCUCCGGGGCCUUCUGGUGAGAAUGGACCACUUGGGCCUCCUGGAAAGAGGGGUCCUGCCGGCACACGAGGACCAGAGGGACGCGAGGGAGAGAAGGGAGCCAAGGGAGGUUCAGGAGCCAAUGGAGCCCCAGGAAAGACCGGCCCAGUCGGACUUCAGGGUAACCCAGGAAAACCAGGAACUGAGGGUCUGAGAGGACUUCCCGGAUCCGUGGGUGAACAAGGCUCUCCAGGCUCUGCUGGCCAGCAAGGACCUCCUGGACCUCUCGGUCCUCCAGGUUUGGCCGGACUUCGUGGAGACCCCGGUGCCAAGGGUGAGAAGGGACACCCAGGUAUGAUUGGUCUGAUCGGACCUCCUGGUGAACAGGGAGAGAAGGGAGACAGAGGACUUUCAGGACCCCAGGGAACCAAUGGCCCCAAGGGAGAGACUGGUAUGACUGGCGGCACUGGACCUCUCGGCCCUGCUGGUCCUGCUGGUCUGACUGGCCCCAGAGGUGUGAAGGGUGCUAAAGGUGCCUCCGGUGGAGCUGGCCCCAAGGGAGAGAAGGGUGUAGCAGGACCUCCUGGAGCUCCUGGCCCACCAGGAGAUGUCAUCCAGCCACUGCCCAUCCAGAUCCCCAGGAAGUCCAAGCGUUCCAUUGAUGCCAGUAAGAUGGUCUCAGACGCCGACACACCAGCUGACGCCACCGGCGCUGAGCUUCUGACAGGCAACGAGGGUAUGGAGGAGAUCUAUGGUUCCCUCAACUCCCUACGCCAGGAAAUCGAGGCCAUGCGCUUCCCUCUCGGCACACAGGAGAGCCCAGCCCGUACCUGCCAGGACCUCAUGCUCAGUCAGCCUGAAUACAAAGACGGAGAGUACUGGAUUGACCCCAACCAGGGAUGCUCUCGCGACUCCUUCAAGGUUUACUGCAACUUUACAUCAGGUGGAGAGACAUGUCUCAACCCAAGCAAGGCCAUGGAAAAUGUGAAAUUAAACUCUUGGGCCAAGGAGACUCCUGGGUCCUGGUACAGUAAAUUUGCUAAGGGCAGCAAGUUCACAUACGUGGACUCCACCGGUGAACCAGUCGGCGUAGUCCAGCUGGGCUUCCUGCGACUAUUGAGCGUCCAGGCCCGCCAGAACCUCACCUACCACUGCCACCGCUCCGUGGCCUGGGCCGACCGCACUGCCAAGGACCAGGAUCAGUACCAGCGGGCGCUGCGUCUCCAGGGCGCCAACGAGGAGGAGCUCGCCUUCGAGACCAGCCCCUACAUCAAAGCUCUCGAGGAUGGCUGCUCGUAUCGUAAGGGUUACGACAGGACAGUCCUGGAGGUGAACACACCACAGGUGGAGCAGCUCCCUCUACUGGACAUGAAGAUCUCAGACUUUGGGGAAAAUAACCAGAAAUUUGGCUUUGAAGUGGGACCUGUCUGCUUCCUGGGUUAAAACACAUGCAGAGAGAGAGGGGAACACAAGCAUCGACACACUCGAAGCACACAGACAUACACUAACACUGAUGCAGGCACUCACAUACACACUCGCACACACACAUACACGGACAUGCACUUAUACAACACAUAUUGAUACAACCACAUAGAUGUGCCAAUAUGAAUGCUCAGUGUUUUUUUAAGUUAAGGAUGUGGAAUACACACAUAUACUUACACAUACAUGCACAUACACCCC